AUGACUGGCAUGGACAGUGCAGGUAGCUGUGACAGUGUUGUCAGCAUGAACUCUGGAUUUAGUGACGAUAGCUUUGAGCACCUGUCUGCUGAGGAGAGGGCAUGUCUCAUGUUCUUGGAAGAGACCAUAGAGUCCCUAGAGACUGAGGAGGACAGUGGACUAUCCAAUGAUGAGCCUGACCGCCUGCCCACCCCUGGCAAUGUGGCCACCAAGAUGGCCCACCUCUCUGCCUCCAUGGGCCAAAACAAACUCAACAAUGUAUCAAAAUAUCCCAGAGAGCAGAACGGUUACCUGGUUCCUACUCCGUUCAUUCUGGCCAACAGCACCUCCUGCAUCCUGCCAAAGGCUAGGCCAGGCAUACCCCAAGAUAAGGAGAACUCUCUCUCAAAGCCCCAGGUCACUGCCUUGGACAACAUGCCAUGUCAGGGCAACCACCCUUGUUUACCCCCUGAGGUCAAUGUUGUUGUGAUUCCCCCUCCGUCAAAGCCCAAAGACUACCCUGGUCAGAGACCACCUCCUUCACCAAGAGGCCCUCUGUCCUAUGAAGCCCUAGUGCAUCUGAGGAAGAGUGCCUCCAUGAAGAGAACCCCUCAAAGUCCCACAGCUGAGACCAGAGACUGGAACAGGCAGCCCUCUGCAUCAGACAUACCCAUUCACCCGCAUCAUGGAAGCACACCCAGAGGCCGCUCAGUCACCCCAGCCCAAGGGAUACUCCCCCGGGAGCCCAGCAAGCACAAGGCCAGUCCUCCAGUCGUGUUCCCCAAAAAAAAAGAAAUCCCUUCCCACAUUGCUGUGAAUACCCAAAGGGAUACUGCUAACCCCACUACAGACUCCAGUGCCCCUUCCUUGGGCUCAUUGCCCAGGGACAGGCGUUUGUCGGACCCACAGAAGGUGAGAAAUGAUGCCUUACAAAAGCUGGGGCUCCUGAGAGACAAUAAUGAGUCACAACCUGAGCCUGUUACGCCCCUGUGCACCUCCAAAUCUCACUCCUCCUUGGAACUAACUUCAGCCCGUGUGGGAGUCAAAGCUCCACCUCAUGGUAACCCAACAAGAAGCCAGCCCUCAACUACCUCCCAGGGACCCAGAGAAUCUAACAGCAGGCCAGUAAAAAGCAGCAGCAGCUUCCUCCAUCGCUCUAGUGAGGAGCAGCCCACCGCCCCCCUCUCACACCCGUCCAAACCCAGUGGGGUCAAAGCUGCCACCCUGGAGCGCUCAGGGAUGGGGCUUGGGAGCUACAUGGCCGACCAUGGGAUACAUUCCGAUCCCUGCUCCGCCACCCUGGGCAGCCAGAGGGAGGGUGGACGUUGCACCCCAUCUGCUCCCAACAAAGCCUCAGAACAGGUGGAAACAACCCCCGCUGCUCAGCCAGUGUCCCCCCACAAGACCCUGCACUGCCCAGGCUUCAGUGUGGUGAUGAUGCCCAGCAUGGGAGAAGACAGACGAGAGGCACUUAGGAAGCUGGGGCUGCUGAAAGACUAG